GAGCAGAUCAGAAGCCAGGCCUCCCAGGGCCCGGCCCGGUGCUUGGGUCAGCCCGCCUGCCUAGCUCCCCCCCGGCAGGGUGCUUUCACUGGCCUUGGGUGGUUUGCCCCUUGACUCGGGAGUGGCUGUGCAGUGGCAUCCGCGUACAUUACCUUGGAGUUGCAGCCAGGCUCCUGUGUUUUGCACUCACCACUGCACAAGGCUGAAUCCGUGCCAGAGAGCAGCUGAGACCUGGACAAGGUCAGGAUAGAGUAUCGACCAUCCUUAAACUAUGGAAGAGAGCAACCAGGCAUGACAGGUCUUUACCUCCCACUUCUUGAGGAGCAGCCAUGUUGGAAGGGUUGGUAGCCUGGGUCCUCAACAACUACCUUGGCAAAUAUGUCAGUAACCUGAACACAGACCAGCUCUCUGUAGCACUGCUCAAAGGGGCAGUCGAGUUGGAAAACUUACCAUUAAAGAAAGAUGCCUUGAAGGAAUUGUUGCCGUUUGAAGUCAGAGCUGGCUUCAUUGGCAAGAUAACACUGCAGAUACCGUUCUAUCGUCCCCACAUUGAUCCCUGGGUGAUCUCUGUGUCAAAAUUGCACCUUAUUGGCUCACCGGGAAAGCAAGAGGAUUUUGAUGAAGAAAGGGAGAGCCUCUUGGAAAGAGAAAGCAAGAAAGCAAUUUUGUUAGCAUUGGAACAAAAAUGGAAAAAAGAACGGGAACAGGUCGCAGAGUCCUACUGGUAUUCAGUGACCGCUUCCGUUGUGGCAAGGAUUGUCGAGAACAUCGAAUUAAAUAUUCAGGAUGUCCACCUGAGGUUCGAAGAUGGCAUCACGAACCCUUCGCAGCCGUUUGCCUUCGGAGUCUGCAUAAAAAAUGUAUCUGUGCAAAAUGCGGUCAAUGAGCCGGUGGAGGAGCUGAUGAAGAAAAAGCAGCUGGAUAUCUCUGACUUCAGCAUCUACUGGGACACCGACUGUGCUUUACUGGGAGACUUGCCACCUGGGGAGCUGCAGGAAGCCAUGGACAGGAGCAUGGAGAGCCGUGAGCACGACUACAUCAUGGAGCCCGUGCGCACCUCGGCCCUUCUCAAGAGGAACUGCUCCAAGGAGCCCUUAAGAUCGCGCAACUCUCCCCGGCUUGAGUUUGAUAUCCAACUCGAGACCAUUCCACUGAAACUUUCCCAGACUCAGUACCGGCAGAUCAUGGACUUCUUGAAGGAGCUGGAACGGAAGGAGCGGCAGGUCAAGUUCAGAAGGUGGAAGCCGAAGGUCACGGUCACUGCUAACUGCCGAGAAUGGUGGCGUUUUGCUCUGAAUGCCCACAUUUCAGAGAUCAGAGAGAAGAGGGGGCGUUCAUCCUGGGAGUUUGUGUUGCAUCGGGCCCGAGAUGCUGUAUCGUACACAGACAUUUAUUACAAGAAGCUGAGAGAAGUGCCACUGUCUGAGGAGGAGCAGAGAGAGAUGGAGCGCAUUGAGGAUGAACAAACAGUCGAGGAGCUGAAAAUCUUGCGCGAGGUUGUUUUCAACAGAUUUUGGGAACUGGCUGAGAGCAUUAAGGAGCCCUUAUCGGAUGCUUUGGCGGGAAUGUCGGAAGCUGAACCGGAGUCCCACAGCAGCACCGGGAUGCUGCAGUACCUCCAGUCCUGGUUCCCGGGGUGGGGCGGCUGGUACGGCGAGUCUAAGGAAGCCCUGGAGAAGGACACGUUUGAAGGGCUGCUUUCGGAAGCACCCGAGCAGUGGAGGCCAGAAGACGUCACUGGUGCCGACGAACUGUUUGACCCGGCAGCCGAUGUCUCCGACAUAAAUACCUUCACCAAGAGGGAUCACGUCUUUGCCAAGUUAAAUCUCCGGUUGCAGGGUGGCUCCGUCACCUUGCUGCAUGCAGAAAAGCGGGCCCUGUGGGCCCCUGGGAGGGCUUUCAUGCAGCUGGAAUUUUCAGGAGUGACCAUCUUGGCCGAAACGCUUCCUCGCAGGAAUUCCUCCCUGUUCAAGGUUCAGCUUGGCAGCCUGUUCCUACGCGAUUUAGCAACCGAAGGAACCAUCUUUCCUGUCCUUGUCUUCCCCAACCCACAAAAAGAAGUGGGCUGCGCAUCAUCCAUUGGUCUCCAGACAUCUUCUGACACGAGUAACCAAAGUUCCGGUCCGGCUGUCCCAGUGUUUGAGAUGCUGUACGAGCAAAACCCAGUUCGCAGCAGUUUUGAACGACGCCUGGAAGUCCGCACUCAACCCCUGAAUAUUAUUUACAACCCACAAGCCAUUAAGAAAGUCGCCGAUUUUUUCUACAAAGGAAGGGUUCAUACUUCAGGUUUCGGGUGUCAGUCGGCGCUGGAGCUGAGAGUGGCCGAAGCUGCUAGAAGACAGUACAACAAGCUCAAAAUGCAGACCAAAGCUGAGAUCAGGCAAACCAUUGAUCGCUUGCUCGUAGGGGAGUUCAUUGAAGACAGUAAGCGUUGGACAGUGUGCCUUGAUAUAUUUGCCCCUCAGGUGAUCUUUCCCGAUGACUUCAAAUCUGCCGACCCAAUUUUGGUAGUGAUUGAUUUGGGAAGAAUGUUACUUACCAAUUCUCAAGCAGAGGAUAAAGUGAAGGGUUCUGGGGGUCCAUCAUCGGAGCUGAGUGACCUGAGUGAUGAUGAAUACAAAACCCCUCUUGCGACGCCCCCUAGCAGCCCCCCACCCGAAGCCAGUGCGACCGACGGGGACAAAACACUUGCAUUUACAGAGGUGGAAAUUAGUGAAGAGCAGUUGCAGGCACACCUGAUGAGCAGAAAGAUGUACGACACGUACAGUUUGUCAUUCAUGGACCUCCAGAUCAUGGUUGGGCGAGUGAAAGACAACUGGAAAUACGCCCAAGACAUUGACGUGGGCCCGACCCACGUGGUGGAGAAAUUCAAUGUUCAUUUACAGCUGGAGCGCAGGUUGAUCUACACCUCUGAUCCCAAGUACCCCGGUGCUGCCUUGUCUGGGAAUUUGCCUGACUUGAAAAUACAUAUCAAUGAGGAUAAAGUAAUAGCACUGAAAAAUUGCUUUGGAAGACUAAGCACAUCUGAGACUGAAAUUCCAGGCACUUCGCAGAUGGGGAAAGAGGCCAGUUCUGCAGAUCUUGAUCAGCACGGGAGUUUGCAUAGUUCUGUGAUGAAUUUGACACAGAGUGUUAUGACGGUGGAGCAGCACACCAAGGAAGUCCUCGUGGAAUCGCAGCUGCUUCUCGCCGAGUUCCAAGUUAACUGCAUGCAGCUCGGCGUUGAAAGCAACGGCCGGUACAUCGCCGUUCUCAAGGUGUUCGGCACCAACGCCCAUUUUGUGAAAAGGCCGUACGACGCCGAAGUCUCCCUCACCGUUCACGGCUUGCUGCUGGUCGACACCAUGCAGACCUACGGCUCCGACUUCGACCUCUUGAUGGCCUCACACAAGAAUCUCAGCUUUGAUGUUCCUACAGGAAGCCUGCGGGACAGUCGGUUUCAGCCGCCUGUCGCCGAGCCGAGUGCAGCCCGUGCUUUCGAUGGGAUGCCUUUGUCCAGGGAGUGCACUGCAGCAUCAAAAGGCAUCUCGCCUCCAAACGACGAAACCUUAAUUAAAUUGGAAUACCAGUUUGUGAGUGCCGAAUGCCCGUCGAUGAGCUUGGAUAGCACUCUCCAGGUAAUCUCGGUUCAGAUGAACAACCUGGACAUCAUUCUCAACCCAGAAACAAUGGUUGAGCUGAUUGGCUUCCUCCAGAAGUCCUUUCCGAAGGGGAAAGACAGUUCCAGCCCUCAGCCCCUCAUGGCCGAGUCUGAAAGGAGUUUCUACGAGCAGGAAAGCUUCCAGUCCACCUAUGCCCAAAGUACAGAAGUAGCGGUGGAUAUUCGCUGGCUGAACAUACUGCUCCUCAGGACAGUUACAACAAUCAACGGAGACAAAGUGGGCCGAAAAAUCGCAACCGCAAGCAUCGGGGGCACCAAGAUGAACGUCUCCAUGGGCAGCAGGCUGGAGAUGAACGGCUCUCUUGGCUGCCUGCACCUCAUGGACCUAACGCAGGACAGCAUUAAGAACCCAUACGUCGUCAGCAUUGGAAACCCAGUAAGGUACGAGCACCUGCUUUGCGACGCGAGCGACUCCAAGCCAGCCUUUCUCCAGCCUGACAGCGCGGGUAGCCUCCCGGAUGCUCUAAGCUUCUCCUUUACGAAGCAGUCAGAGAAGGAGUGCUCCCUCCACCUCAGGAUGGCGUCCUUGCACUACAACCACUCGGCGAAGUUCCUGAAAGAGAUCGCCUUGUCCCUGGACGAACUGGAGGAGAACUUCCGCGGCAUGCUGAAGAGCGCAGCCACCAAAGUGACCUUUGUCUUGGCCACCAAGACUGCCGAGUAUACCGAAAUGGUCUCUCUGUUUGACACAACGCCUCGGUCGAGGGAUCCGCUGAACUUGGAAAGCGGCGAAGGAGAGGAGCUCCUUCCAGUCUACUCAAAAACAGAGACAAUUAAGCUAAUUUUAAACGUGAACAUCGAAUCUCCGGUUGUGUCUAUACCCCGCAAACCAGGCAGUGCUGAGCUGCUGGUCGGACACCUGGGACAAAUAUCGAUCCAAAGCUUUGUGGCAGGAGAAGACAAUUUGAGGAGUGACAAGCUUCAAGUGGAGAUCAGGGACAUUAAGAUGUAUUCUCUAAACAGCAGUCAUUUUGCGGGAAAGAAAGACACUUCUGCCGAAGCACCGCGUCCAUCACACCCUCCGUCGGGCAGCCAGGAAGAGUCCCAGUUCACUCGUCACGACUUCUUUGAAUCCGUGAAUAAAGGCCAUGCCUUCCACAUUUUAAAUAAUGCUACUAUCCAGUUCAAACUGGAGAAGAUUCCAGUAGAGAGUGAUGCAGAGCUGGCCUUCUCUGUGAACGAAGAUAUUGAAAUUUCAAGCCUUAUGCGAAUCGAGGGGAUGUUUGUCAACCCUCUCCAGGUGGUGUUGGCAAAACACGUGUAUGAGCAAGUUUUGCAGACCCUCGACCACUUGGUUUGCAAUGAAGAUUUGACUAAUCCCCCAUCCGGCGUCGCAUCCUCCCCAUAUCCCAGCUGCAGUUCCCCUUCAGCAUCUCUCCAUAGCACAGGCUCAGACUUCUCCAUUGACAGGAAGGACAACGGCCUUUUCGGCCAUUCCAGCUUUAGUCCUUCUAGCAGCAAAUUUGUGCCCGUCAAGGAAGCCGUGCAGUCGUUUACUCAGAUACGAGCCACUUUUCAUAUUUCUGAGCUCCAGGUUCAGCUGAGUGGGGAUCUCACGCUUGGCGCUCAGGGUCUGGUGAGCUUAAAAUUUCAGGAUUUUGAAGUUGAGUUUGCUAAAGACCACCCUUGCACCUUAUCUGUCCAGAUCGCCCUAGGCUCUCUGUUGAUGGAGGACCUUUUGGAGAAGAAUCCAGACUCCUUGUAUAAGAACCUCAUGGUCUCACGUGGAGCACCCAAACCAUCCAGCUUAGCACACAAAGAGUACCUUUCCCAGUCUUGCCCGUCAGUGUCCAAUGUGGAAUAUCCAGACAUGCCCCGAUCCCUCCCUUCUCACAUGGAGGAAGCGCCAAAUGUCUUUCAGUUGUAUCAACGGCCCACUUGCAGCUCCCACAAAAAGCACAAAGACGACACAGACUCGGAGUACCCUCUCACGCCACCUCCUUCUCCCACCUCAAACAAACCAAACAUGCUUUCUGGGAAGAGCAACUUCGAUGAUUCCUUGGUGCACAUCAACAUGUUGCUGGUGGACAAGAAGCACCCGGGGUUUUCUUCUUGCUAUGACAAGAUCAACCGCAGCGUCGAUGUGGACUUCAACUGCUUGGAUGUGUUAGUCACGCUGCAAACCUGGGUGGUGAUACUGGACUUCUUUGGGAUCGGCUCCACAGCCGAGAAUCACAGUUUGAGGCCUUCUGCUGAAGGAGCACAGCACACGUUGAAGUCAGAACCGUGCCUCUUGCCAACCUCCGAAGCUCAGGAUUCUGUAAACACAAAGGUGGACCUGAAGGUCCAUUCCCUGUCCCUAGUUCUAAAUAAAUCAACCAAUGAACUGGCCAAAGCAAACGUUUCCAAACUUGUCACUCAUGUGGAAAUGAUCGAAGGAGACACGGCCCUUCAAGGGAGCAUCGGCAGCUUGUCCCUCAGCGACCUCACCUCCCACGGAGAGCUGUACCGAGAACGAUUCACGACCCGUGGUGAAGAGGCGCUCAUAUUCCAAGUGUACAAGCAUGGCCGGCCCGACCCGCUGCUGCAGAGGGAGUGCGACGUGCGCGUCAGCCUGCGGAUGGCGUCGGUGCAGUACGUGCACACGCAGCGCUUCCAGGCGGAGGUGGUGUCCUUCAUCCAGCAUUUCACUCAGCUGCAGGAUGUCCUGGGGCGUCAGAGAGCCGCGAUCGAGGGGCAGAUGGUGAGAAAUCAGGCCCAGCGAGCUGCCCGCGUUCUCUUGGACAUAGAAGCUGGUGCCCCCGUCCUGCUCAUUCCUGAAAGCUCCAGGUCCAACCAUCUUAUCGUCGCCAAUCUUGGGAAACUGAAAGUCAAGAACAAGUUCCUGUUCGCAGGGACCGCUGGUACCUUCUCCCUAAAAGACAAGGAUUCAAUUUUACAAGGCAAUACAUCCCAGCUUCCUCUGCUGUGUGAGAAUUCUGUUCCGUUUUCUUCACCUUCGGGAACCCCAAAACAUGGCUUAAAGAAAACGUCGAGCGCUAAUGAGUCCAAGGUGGCACUGAAUUCCUCCAAUGGGUCGUGCGUGAAAUCGUCCUCUUCCGGACCGAGUCUCAAUAGAAUGAAAAGCGAACCCGCAGUGAGUUCUGGGGCUAAAACACCCAAAUCACCCGUUUUGCCAGCUCCACCGAGUCCAGAGGAGCAGGUCUGCCUGUUGGAUUGCAUUGUGGUUGAUCUGCAGGACAUGGAUAUUUUUGCCGCUGAAAGAUAUUCGAGAGAAUAUUCAAAGGCAACGGAAGACAGCGGCGCCGAUCUGAGCUUCCCAUCCUUUAUCGUCAGGCAGACAGGAGCAAGUCUCUUAACGGAACCCUUCAGGCUGAAGCUGCAAGUGGAGAGAAACUUGGACAAGGAGAUAAGCCAUGCAGUCCCUGAUAUAUCGAUUCACGGCAUCGUGUCAUCAGUUCAUUGCUCUCUGGAUCUGAGUAAAUAUAAACUGAUCCGGGGGCUCCUGGAGAAUAAUUUGGGGGAACCAAUAGAAGAGUUCCUGCGGCCGUAUGACUUACAGGAUCCAAGAAUACACACUGUGUUGAGUGGAGAAGUGUACACCUGCAUGUCGUUCCUUAUCGACAUGGUCAAUGUCAGCCUGGAGCUCACCGACCCUCCGGGGAAGCCUGGUUCGUUGGCCAGGUUCGACUUCAAGAAGUCCAAGUUGCUCUUCGAGAGCUUUUCAAACCAGACCAAAGCCAUCAACUUGGUUUCGCAUUCUAUGCUGGCGUUUGACACGCGAUACACCAGCCAGAAAGCCUCUGCGGGGAAGCAAAACGUGUUCAGCUGCAUCUUCCAGUCAUCCAGGCACACUGGCUCCCAAGGGGCGAUACAGAUUGAACUGCAUUACAGGUCCACCAAGGACUCCUCCUCCUUCACCGUGGUUCUGAACAGCCUCCGCGUGUUCCUCAUCUUCGACUGGCUGGUGCUGCUCCACCACUUCCUCCAGACGCCGAGCGACACGAAGAAGCCCUCCAACCCCACCCCCGCCCGCCAGCGCAAUCACAGCAGUGAAGCGGCCGUCGUCCCCAAAGCGGUCAAGUCCGGGAUCGUGACCAAGCGUUCUGCUCUGCAGAUCCCUGCGGAAAAGCAGUUGGAAGUCAAGAUCAACGUGACAGAAACAGAAUUUGUGGUGGUGGAAGACAUGUCCUGCUUGGAUACCAGUGCGAUUAUCCUGAAGGGCACCACCGUUCUCACCUACAGACCCCAGAAGAUGGACCACCCAUUCUCGAGCUAUUUGUCUGACAUUGAGGUGUUCUCCUGUCGGCUGGGAAAUGAGCAGGAAACGGCGCUCUCCAUUGUCGAUCCUGCACAUAUUCAAAUUGAGCUUGUCGGGAAUCAUUCGUAUCCAAGUGGCUCCGGAUUGUUGGACGCUUUCAACAGUGAAGAUUUCCCACCUUUUCUAGAGAUUCAUCUGCAGACAUUAGACAUUAGACUGUCCUAUAACGACAUUCAGUUGUUCCUGGCUAUAGCAAAGUCCAUCCCAGGUCAGACUGGCAAUGUUAUUUCGGACUCUAAUGCUUCAGAUGCCGGCGUCUCCACCUCCGUGGCUUCUUCUGGUCCAUCCUGUGUGAACGAACCACCAGAACUGACGUCAGAAACCGCGGAAACCUCUAAGCACACUUUGGACCCUGUUCUCGAGUUGCAGCUGGCCCGACUGCAGGAACUGGGGUUUAGCCUGCAAGACUGCCGCAAAGCCCUGCUGGAUUGCCAAGGUCAGCUGAAGACGGCAGCAAGCUGGUUGUUCAAGAAUGCAGAACCUUUGAAGCGUGCGCCUUUAGAGCCAAGCAGUCGGGACAGCCAAGGCUCCAUGACCCUGCGUUUUAUUUCCGGACUAGACAUUAAAGCAGACAGCGUCUGCAUCUGCUUUAUUGAUGACUGCAUGGAUUGUGACAUCCCUUUAGCUGAACUAACAUUUUCACGCUUAAAUUUUCUCCAGCACCUCAGAGCCAGUCCUGAAGGCAAUGCUGAUUUUACACUCUCGGGAGAUUAUUAUAAUCGUGAACUUUCAGGCUGGGAGCCAUUCAUUGAGCCCUGGCCAUGCUCCGUGUCCUGGCAAAAGCAGCCAGCCAGCCGCCUACACCCUUCUCGGCUGAAGGUAGAAAUGAAAGCACGGCGUCGCCUGGAUAUUAAUAUAACUUCUGUGCUGAUUGAGCAGUAUACCAGGACCAAGCAGUCCUGGAUGGCAGAUUACUGCAAGGAGGAGAAAGUGGAGGAAGUCGAAUCCGAGCAAUGGAUGGGCUCGUCGGUUGACCCUCUGACCUUUGGACAGGGCCUUCCUCUUGCCUACCUUAGAACUAGGAGUACAGCCAGUCUGGCUAACCUAGAGCACCAGAUGUAUGCGAGAGAAAUGAAGACCCCAAAGCGCCGACAGCCUUUUGUGCCUUUUGCUUUGCGGAAUCACACGGGUUGCACGCUGUGGUUUGCCACUUUAACAACAACCCCAACCCGCGCUGCGCUCUCCCACAGUGGGAGCCCCGGAGUCAUCCCAGAAGAAAACGGGACGUUUCUCGAUGGGGCCCAUAAAGUCAGUGAGUGGCACGAAGUCCUCACCGGUGAAGAGGUCCCGUUCGCAUUUGAAGCUAAAGGAAAGCUGAGGCACAGCCACACGCAUAAGCUAAGGAUUCACCAGCUGCAAGUGCGAGUGAGCGGCUGGGAGCCCGUCAGCCCCGUGUCGGUGGACAAAGUGGGGAUUUUUUUCCGGUACGCCGCUCCCGACAAGAGCACCUCCUCCUCUACUGUUGGCAGUCCGAUUAAUAGAACAAACAUCAUCCAUCCACACGUUUAUUUUUCUGCGUUGCCUCCCGUUCGCGUGGUAUUUGCAGUUACCAUGGAAGGCAGCGCUCGGAAGGUGGUAACUGUGCGCUCGGCCUUGAUUGUAAAGAACAAGCUGGAUAUCCCGAUGGAACUCAGGCUGGACAGCCCUUCGGCUCCUGACAAGCCUGUUGUGCUUCCCUCCGUGAUGCCGGGAGACUUCUUCCCCAUUCCCCUUCAUCUCACGUCCUGGCGACUGCAGGUCAGGCCCAAGGGGAUGGGGGUUUUUUUCUGCAAAUCUCCGAUCCAUUGGACGCACGUUCAGAAGACCUCGGAGGUCAGCAGCAGCAAACGAGAGUGCCACGCAACGGAGUCCGAAAACAGCCGAUUCUUCAGGUUCCGCGUCGCCAUAAAGAAAGAGAAUUAUCCAGAUUACAUGCCUUCCAGCAUCUUUUCCGACAGCGCCAAGCAGAUCUUCAGGCUGCCCGGACACACCAUUUAUCUUCUUCCCACCAUGGUCAUCUGUAACUUGCUCCCCUGUGAAGUCGAGUUUUGCAUCAAAGGGACGCCAAUCCGUGGGACUCUGAAACCCGGCAAAGAAGCCCUGCUGCACACGGCCGACACGUCGCAGAAUGUGGAACUCGGAGUCUCCCUGGAAAACUUCCCACACUGCAAGGAGCUUCUGAUCCCUCCUGGAACGCAAAACUAUGUUGUGCGGAUGCGACUGUAUGACGUCAAAAGGCGCCUCUUGAAUCUCACGAUAAGGAUUGUGUGUCGAGCUGAAGGAUCCUUAAAGAUUUUUAUUUCGGCACCAUAUUGGCUCAUCAACAAAACAGGGUUGCCGCUGAUCUUCAGGCAAGACAACGCCAAGACAGAUGCAGCGGGCCAGUUCGAUGAGCACGAGCUUGCCCGGAGCCUGAGUCCUCUCCUCUUCUGUUACGCGGACAAAGAACAGCCACACCUUUGCACCAUGAGGAUUGGGCGAGGAAUUCACCCCGAAGGCACUCCUGGCUGGUGCCAGGGCUUCUCGCUGGACGGAGGGAAUGGGGUCAGAGCCCUCAAAGUGAUCCAGCAAGGAAACAGACCUGGCCUUAUAUAUAAUAUUGGUAUUGAUGUCAAGACAGGCAGAGGUCGCUACAUCGACACCUGUAUAGUAAUAUUUGCGCCUCGCUACCUGUUAGAUAAUAAAUCCAUGCACAAGCUUGCCUUUGCACAGCGGAAGUUUGCCAGAGGACAGGGAACCUCCAACCCAGAGGGGUACAUCUCCACCCUCCCCGGCUCGAGCGUUGUCUUCCACUGGCCGCGCAACGACUGUGACCAGUUACUGUGCGUUCGCUUAAUGGAUGUUCCCAACUGCAUUUGGUCUGGAGGCUUUGAACUCAACAAAAUCAGCUCCUUUCAUAUCAAUAUGAGGGACACCUUUGGGAAAUGCUACUUCUUGCGAGUCGAGAUCACUCUCAAGGGAGCCACAUUCCGUGUCUCAUUCAGCAAUACCGAUCAGUUGCCACCGACGUUCCGCAUAGACAACUUCUCCAAGGUCCCGGUUGUGUUCACGCAGCAUGGCGUUACGGAACCACGGCUCAGCACCGAAGUCAAGGCGGGGACUUCUUUAGAUUACGCCUGGGAUGAGCCCACGCUGGGGCCCUUCAUAACGCUGACAGUGAAAGGGGCUGGCUCCUCCGAAGUUACUUGCAGCAUGAAUAACUUCCAGGAGAGCAAGCAGCUCUACUACGAGAACUUCAUUUAUAUCGCGGCGACGUACACUUUCUCGGGCCUUCAGGAAGACACUGGAAGACCCGUGGCUUCAACUAAGGAGGUCGAUUGUGCGGAGCUUGUCCUGGAUGUUUGUUUGAAGACACAGAGAGUCAUAUUAAAGAAAAAGGAGCCCGGGAAGCGUUCUCAGCUGUGGCGAAUGACUGGCACAGGCAUGCUUUGCCACGAAGGCUCCGCAGUCCCUCGCCACCCGAAUAAGUCCUCCCCUCCUUGGGCCACAGAAUCCUCCAUGAUCCUGGACAUUGCCGGCCUUGCUGCAGUCACAGAUAACAGGUAUGAGCCACUGAUGCUGAGAAAGCCAGACAGACGACGUAGCACCACACAGACCUGGAGUUUCCGGGAUGGGAAGCUCGUCUGCGGCAUGCAUGGACUGGUGGUACAGGCAAAGGGAGGCGUGAAAGGACUGCAGGACGGAGCUGAGGUUGUUCUUGGCCCUGAUACGGCCUUGCUGGGCCCCGUUCCGCCAGAACAGCAGUUCAUCAAUCAGAAGAUGCGGCCUGGCUCUGGAAUCUUGGCAGUCCGGGUCAUUCCAGAUGGGCCAACAAGGGUCCUGCAGAUAACAGACUUCAACCAACGCAGAAACGACCGUUUCUCCUACGAAGGGGAUGAGUUGGAACAAGACCUGCGGAAGCUGAGGAAUCCUGACACAGAGGAAGAGCUGGAAGUCCAGUUGAAAUUAGAAGGUGGCGUAGGUUUGUCGUUAGUGAACAAAGCCCCGGAAGAGCUGAUAUUUGCAAGUUUUACUGGCAUUCACCUCCAUUUCACACAGCUGUCCACAAGUCAGAUGCUUGAACUUAGCGUACAGGAUGUUCAGGUGGACAACCAGCUCCUUCGCACCACACAGCCUUUCGUGCUCUUUGUGACGCCCGUAACAGCUGAAAAUGAAAUCGCGGAGACGGCUCCCGCCCUGCAGUUGAAUGCCGUGAAAUUCCCCAGUAAGAGCCCUUUAACUGAUAUAUACAAGCAUCUGAUGAUCACAGCUAGCAAGUUCACGGUCCAAAUUGAGGAGAAGCUGUUCUUUCAACUACUGAGUUUCUUUGGCUAUGAUCUGUCCGAAUCAGAGGUUGAAAACUACAGUGAAAAUCUUCAUGAAGCACCCGUUGAUCAAGGUGGAGCCCAGAAGCGAUAUUACUUUGAAAACCUCAAAAUUAGCCUUCCGCAGAUAAAGCUGAGUGUCUUCACUUCCAGCAGCCUCCCUGUGGAGCUCAAGGCUCUGAAAAGCAGCCUGGGCUUCCCUCUGAUAAGGUUUGAAGAUGCCGUGAUCAACCUGGAUCCCUUCACCAGAGUCCACCCUUACGAGACGAAAGAGUUCAUCAUCUGUGACAUCCUGAAGCACUUUCAAGAGGAGCUGAUCGGCCAAGCGGCGAAAAUCCUGAGCUCGGUGGACUUCCUCGGCAAUCCAAUGGGCCUGCUCAAUGAUGUUUCAGAAGGUGUCACCGGGCUGAUAAAAUACGGAAAUAUCGGCGGCCUUAUCCGGAACGUUACUCAUGGCGUGUCCAACUCCGCUGCAAAGUUUACUGGGACUUUAUCCGAUGGUUUGGGAAAGACAAUGGACAAUCGGCACCAGACAGAAAGGGAGUACAUCCGCUACCACGCCGCAACUAGUGGAGAGCAUCUUGUGGCUGGCAUCCAAGGACUGACGCAUGGGAUCAUCGGUGGAUUAACAAGUGUAAUAACCUCAACGAUAGAAGGUGUGAAAACCGAAGGGGGAGUCAGCGGUUUUAUAUCCGGCUUUGGGAAAGGACUGGUUGGAACAGUAACCAAACCGGUGGCCGGUGCCCUGGAUUUUGCCUCCGAAACAGCCCAAGCAGUGAGACAGAAGGCAACGGUGACAAGCCCCAGGACGCCCGAGAGGGUGAGGAGGCCGCGGUGCUGCGCAGGCCCCCAGGGGCUUCUGCCUCGCUACUCCGAGACCCAGGCCGAAGGGCAGGAGCUGAUGUUCAAGCUGACGGACAGCAUUCAGGACGAAUUCUUCAUCGCAGUGGAGAACAUAGAGAGCUUCUGCGUCAUCAUCUCGUCCAAAGCCGUUUAUUUCCUGAAGAGUGCGGAGUACAUGGACCGGGAGGCCAUCUUCCUGGAGGUGAAAUACGAAGACCUCUACCAUUGCCUUAUCUCAAAAGACCACGGGAAGGUCUACGUGCAGCUGACCAAGAAGGCCGUGAAUUCAAGCAGUGGCGUGUCCAUGCCGGGCCCGUCCCAUCAGAAGCCCAUGGUCCACGUGACGGCUGAAGAGCCCGCAGUGAAACUCUGCCAAGAGAUCAACUAUGCAAAGAGCCUUUUCUAUGAGCAGCAGCUCAUGCUGCGAUCCAGCGAACACCAGGAGCAAGCCGAGAUGGACUCCUGACCCGGAUGGAACGGCGAAGGGGGGUGCCGCCUCUCUGCUCCCGAAAACCAGAAAACAAGGCAGAGCCUUCACCUGGAAGUGUCUCCCCCGAGCUAGUAAGCCAAGGACUCGGCAACGGAAGAUCUUGGCCGUGUGGAGCACGUCGGGCCCCGAGAUCAAAGACACAUUUGCCCUACGUUUAGUGAUAGAAAAAGCCCUGUAUUUUCUUACUGUCUGCGUUCUGUGUGCAGUAUAUGCAUAUAACGCAACCUGUUGCAACACACACAUGCAAUAUGUGUUAUAUUAUGUACAACUGUGUUUGUGUAAAUAAGAAAGUAUGAAGGGUGAAGUGCGGGUGUACAAAGCUUUAUUUCCUGUAAAGAAAUUAAAGGAGAGGUUCUAUUAA